AUGCUGCCGCUAUUUCAUCGAAUUUUGUGUUGUAGCUCCACUAGAGGCUCUUUCUGCACGUCUUUGAGACGAUGUUGCUACCAAUAUCGCGUUUCUGGUCGAAGAGCAAAAUCCACGCAAGCUGAAGAGUCACCAACCUAUCAGCUUUACAGAAAUGUCGAAUACGUCGACAGAUACUGCCCUGGGGGGUAUCAUCCCAUCGAUGUCAACGACAAGCUAAACCAGCGUUAUCACAUAGUUGAUAAGCUGGGCCAAGGUGGCUAUUCGACCAUUUGGCUUGCCCGCGACCAAGAGCUCAACAAGUAUGUUGCUAUCAAAGUUGGCACUGCUGAUCAAGUUUCGAAAGAGAGCGACAUUCUCCUCCAACUGGCCGAAAAUCCGACCAACCAGUUCUCUAGUCGUCUCAUCACUCAAAUACUUGAUCAUUUCACACUUCAUGGACCAAACGGCACACACUCUUGCAUUGUCACUGCACCCGCCAGAUGCAGCGUGGCCGAAGCAAUCAAGACAUCCAGACAAAUAUCCUUUCAACCUGAUGUGGCCAGGGCGCUGUCCGCACAGCUCAUCAUGGCAACGGCCUACGUCCACCAGGCCGGCUUCGUUCAUGGCGAUAUCCACCUAGGAAACGUGUUGCUCCAAUUGCCUGGAUCAGAGCUCGAUCAUCUCUCCAUCCAGCAGGUGUAUGAGAAAUACUAUAAACCAGACCCUUACCCAGUGACUAGGACCGAUGGUCAGCCGGUCACCUCACCGUCAGUGCCAAAGAAUUUAUAUACGCCAAACUGGCUCGGUAAACCCAGCGACGAGGUUGUAUUGCCCGAAGCCAGGCUGUGGCUCUCCGAUUUCGGAACAGCCUUCAAUCCUUCGCAGGAGACGAGACUGCUGUCUUACACGCAUUUGCAGAAUCGACCACCAGAGGCAGUGCUUGAUUCUACGAGGCCUUUAACAUUUUCCUCUGAUAUCUGGAGCCUGGGACUUAUGGUCUGGGAGUGCAUGGGUUCCGGGCCAUUCAUGGGCGGCUUUCUCUUUGAUGAGGACGAGGUGAUUGCUGACCAGGUCGACGCGCUCGGUCCCUUGCCCCACGAGUGGUGGGAGAAAUGGGAGACAAGAACAGCCGUAUUUACUGAGGACGGACAGCGAAAGGGGGGGGUAGAGACGUGGCCGCUCCAGAAGCGAUUUGAUCUGGAUAUACAGAGAGGGAAGAAGGCGGAAAGGUUGGAUGAUGAGGAGUGCCGUGCCUUUUUAGAUCUGAUCAAAGGGAUGCUACGCUUCAGACCAGAAGAGCGUAUGACAGCUGAACAGCUUCUGCGAUCGGAGUGGAUGAGUAAGUGGGCUCUACCUCUUGCGAAGAAAGCUUGGGAGCGUAAACCCUUGGACUAA